AUAUUUAAAAUGACUUGAAAGAGUAAGAACAUGUUCUAAGUAUAUUAGUUCAGAAUGUUUUAAUUGACUUACAUUGUAGAGUAUAAUGUUGACAAUAUAACAAAGUAAGGAUUUGAUUUUUUUUCAAAAGGAAGGAUCUAUAACUGUGUGAACAAAAAGUGAGUGCAAAUUACCAUAAAUUUAUAGAACAGUGUGUUUAUACUCGUAUGCCCAGGUAGAUGCAUCUAUUAAUUACUUUCAGGCACAAAUACCUGAAUUGUGUGCAUAAUUAUAUAUUGGACCUACUGAAAAUCAGACCAUAAAUACUUUGUGUAUGCCUUUUCCCUCUUUACUAUGUUAGUGCCAGGAUCAAUUUCAAGAUAAAAAGUUUAAUUUUGGAAUGAAAUACCCCUAAUUCAGUUUCUGUUAUAAAGAAAAUAUAAUGCAAGAUAAACUAGUUGCUUUCUCUGCGAGAGCAACUGCUUUGCCAAAUCUCACUCAGACUUGCAUCUUUCUCCUCUGCAGUAGGCUACUGAAAAUGUGCACUCAGGAUUUAGUGCUUGGCAAGGACAUACAAAAAUGGUAGCACAUUUUUAGGAAAGGUGUAGGCUCGCUCUUAUGAAACUUCUGAUAAUCCAAUCAGAAGUUAGAUUUUGAAUGAAAGCUAGUGUCAAUGCAAAUUAAUGAUCAGUUUGUAUUUAAUUAGAUGUUUCAUCUCUAAACUUCUAUAUUGUGUCUGUAUUUCAGAACUGUUGAUACUGGUAUAAUCUUAUGUCUGAGUGUUAAGGCCAGCAGUGAUCCUUUAUAAGAAGGAGGGAGGGGAAGAUCCUUUGGCAACUUGAGAUGUAAGAUGUUCAACUCUGAAGUCCAGGAAAAGAGAUGUGAACCAUUCAGAAGCUUUAUCCACGCUUUUUCCACUUCUGUAUUCUUGGGUGCUUUUAAAAACAAUUAGUCAUGGAAGAGGAAAGAAUGAAACUUACUUGAAAUGUGUGUUUUUUUUGAUAUUGCUGUAAACCUGUCAUCUUCACUACUUCCACCUUCUAUUCUUUCUCGUACUAUGCUUUCUCUUUCCUUAUACACUCCAUUAUCGCUUUUAAUCUUUCCAGUUCAAUGGACAAGUGUCAAUGACCUUUGAAUUUUCUCUGUCCUGUGCUUCCCCACAACUUCCCUCUUGCAAAUCAGCACCAUGUAUUUUUCUUUUCACCUUUUUCUUCCAAGAUAUUUUGAGACUGUCACUUGUUCAAAUGUCAUGUUUUACCAUCCAAAGAUUUACCCUAUUCAAAAUCACAUAGCACAAGGUAGCAAAAGAGGGAUAUUACACAAGAGGAGGUUACACAAGUCAGUCCUACGCUCCAAGUAGAAAGAAGAAUUGAUGUGAAGGGUUAGACAAAAAGUUAUUGAUAUUAUUAAUUUUUAGCUGUCUGUAAUUUUGUUUUAGAUUGGGAUUGGUGUUAUAGAGAAUACACAAAAGUUCCACAAUGGAAGAAAGGGCAAAUGGUACAGUGGCUCAUAACUCACUGGCUGAAUACUCUCCCGUCAAGGAAGUAGGAAAUCCAGAUUCAAGUGACAGCUGUGAAAUGUGUGAAAGAAACAAAGAAACAAUGCAGCUGAAGAAAGAAAUCUCUUUGCUUAAUGGAAUCAGCCUCAUUGUAGGCAACAUGAUUGGUUCAGGCAUCUUUGUCUCGCCUAAAGGAGUUCUCAUCUACAGUGCCUCCUAUGGAUUGUCGCUAAUAAUCUGGGCAACCGGGGGGAUUUUUUCAGUGUUUGGAGCACUCUGCUAUGCUGAACUGGGAACCACUAUUACCAAGUCAGGAGCCAGCUAUGCAUAUAUCUUGGAGGCCUUUGGGAGCUUUAUUGCUUUUAUUCGCUUAUGGACCUCAUUAUUAAUUGUUGAGCCAACUAGUCAGGCAAUUAUUGCAAUAACCUUUGCUAACUAUAUUGUGCAGCCUGUCUUCCCUUCUUGUGAGCCUCCUUAUGUUGCCUGUCGUCUCAUCGCAGCUGCUUGUAUAUGUCUUCUAACAUUUAUAAAUUGUGCCUAUGUUAAAUGGGGAACAAGGGUGCAGGAUGUAUUCACGUAUGCUAAAGUCAUUGCCCUUAUUGUCAUCAUCAUAACAGGAAUUGUUAAACUAUGCCAGGGACAUUCAGGACACUUUCAGAAUUCCUUUGAGGGAUCUUCUUGGGACCUAGGAGACAUUUCUCUUGCACUGUAUUCUGCCCUGUUCUCUUACUCCGGAUGGGAUACCCUUAAUUUUGUAACAGAAGAAAUCAAAAACCCAGAAAGGAAUCUGCCACUGGCUAUUGCAGUUUCUAUGCCCAUUGUGACGGUUAUCUAUAUUUUGACCAACAUAGCUUACUAUACGGUGUUGGAUAUUCAUGCUGUUCUUUCUAGUGAUGCUGUGGCGGUGACAUUUGCUGACCAGGUGUUCGGCAUUUUCAGUUGGACAGUUCCUGUUGCUGUAGCUGUUUCAUGUUUUGGUGGACUUAAUGCAUCAAUUUUAGCAUCAUCUAGGCUAUUUUUUGUAGGAUCCCGGGAAGGUCAUCUCCCUGAUCUAUUGUCCAUGAUCCAUAUAGGGAGGUUCACACCUGUACCAGCACUACUGUUCAAUUGUACUAUGGCCCUCAUUUAUCUGACUGUAGAAGAUGUCUUCCAGCUUAUUAACUACUUCAGUUUCAGUUACUGGUUUUUCGUGGGACUAUCAAUAGCUGGGCAGUUAUACCUCCGCUGGAAGGAACCAGAUCGACCCAGGCCUCUCAAGUUGAGCCUAUUUUUCCCAAUAGCUUUCUGUAUAUGCUCAGUAUUUCUGGUGGUGGUGCCUCUAUAUAGUGACACUAUUAAUUCAUUGAUCGGAAUUGGCAUUGCUAUAUCUGGAAUUCCAGUCUAUUUCAUUGGAGUCUACUUGCCCAUUUCCAGAAGACCUCCAUUGAUCAACAACAUCUUAGGUACUAUCACUGAAGCCACCCAGGUGCUUUGUUACAGUGUUUUGACAGAGAUGGACAGUGAAAAUAAGAAAUUAGAGACCAAAUCUAACUAAAAAUUUAAAGCAGUUCCAAAAACAGCAGAGAACCAAGCAAAAGUUACUAACAGGGACAGAAGAGAAUCAGAGAAUAUGGGGCAACUGAAGAACCAUUGGAGCCAGGAACAGAUGUACCAGCUAUUACUGAAGAGAGAUGCUUGGGUCUAUAAUACUCCCUCCCAUGAUCUGUAGUUGAAGUAGUGUCAAUUCACAUUAUUAUGGGUAAUCAUUAGCCAGUCACUUCAGACAUGGAAACAAUGUCUGAACUAUUCAUUAUAGUUUGAGGCCAAUGGAAAAUCUCAUAGAAAUGGGACUUAAGUAGUAAGGGGAAACAGAUUCUAGAAUAAUAGAGCUGAGUGAUCAAAUUAAACGUACUUUGGAGAACUAGGUAGCAGAAUAAUGAAGCAUUUUAAGUACAAUUAGGGUGACCAGAUGAGAGACAUGAAAUAUCAGGACACUGGCAGAGCAAAAAAAAAAAAAAAAAAGCAAGUUGCAGGAGCAUAGGAAAAAUGGGUAGAGGCUGAGCUCCCACCUGCAGCUCACUGCCCUGCCUCUUCCCCCCCCCCCCACCACACCAGCUCACCUCUGCCUCCAUGCUUGGGGAAGAGGCGGAACCAGAGUGGGGAUUUUGGGAGGGAUCCAAUGGGGCAAGGAGGGGGCAGAGUCAGGGCAGAGUUUGGGGCAUGAGCCCCCUCCACCUGUGUGCCAGAGGGCAAAAUAUCAGGACAAUGUGUCCCAACUGAACAUCGGGUGGGAUGCAGGACCAAAGUAAAUAUUGGGACUUCUGGUCACCCUAAGUACAGUUGAAAACUACUCCAAGUCAGAAGUGACCAAAAGCCAUUCAUAUCUGAUGGAUGCUCAGUGGCCUAUGUGAAGUGACUUGCUUGGGAAUCGGACCCUUAUCCCAGUAGACAGGCAUCCAUAACAAACAUUCGUCAUUGGCAUUUGCAGCAGAUUGAAUCGGCAUAUAAAGACUGCCCUACCCUUUCUCCUCUAGAAACAUUUCAGUGAAAAGUGGUGGGAUCUGCAGAGAGAGAAUUCCAAUCUCUAAAGCUGUUUUGUUCUGCACCUUUCACAUGCUCCAAAUUGCCUUUCCACAGAAAACACAGACUUGAUUAAAAUGUUAAUAUUUACAUAUGGUUUGUUACCAGUUUUGUGAUUGAUUAGUUUCUAAAUGGUUAAAAUAGAACCCCCAAAAGUAAAAUACUUGAGGCAAAAACUUAAGCUUCCCUAUUUAAUAGUUUCUUAAAUUACAGCAAAGAGAUCAGACAUUUUAGUUUGAUUUUCAAUACUGUUCACCAGAGGCAGUACUUUUACAUAUUAUAAAGACUUUAUAGUAGAACUAUAUGUAAUACCAUGGCUGUCAUCUGUUUGAAAAUUUAGAUGUGUAAUUGACUGGCACAGAAGAGAAAUCUAUUUAUACAUAGAAUUCAACUGUGAGAAACGUUGUGCGGAAAGGGAAAAUACUUCCUUGAUCUGAUGUGCUAUUGCUUCACCUCAACGGUUAGUAAUAAAUGCUAGAAAUAAUUGUACUAAACUAAAGAUCAAAUCACCUUCAAGAUACUGGGGUUCUAAUCAUACCUUCUUGCUGGGUCUCCUCCUAGACACUUUACAUACCAAUGUUUGACAAUAUUGUAAAUAUAACACUUAAGUUGAGAGCUGAAACACGUGGGUAUCACUUGUUUGUAGAGGUUCAAAAUUGGAGAUGAUUAGUUUGCUGUCUUGCUAUAGGCCUGUGGUGCAAUAUGAAUACGUGUCUGCUUAUUUGCCUGUACUGGAGAGAUUCAAAUACUAUAAAACCAAUUUUGUCACAACUAUAGCUAAAUUAAGAUGAAAUACAGCUGCAAAACUGGGUCUUGUAUUCUGCUUUCUUUGUGGCACAGUGGGAUGACCCUGUUUUGCGAUCUUGUUAAAACUUUUAGUAUCUAUAUCUCAACUUAAAUUUUUUUAAAACUAGGUAAACUGAAACCUUGCAAUCUUAUUUUCUAUUCCAUGCUAAUUUAUUUCUCUGUAGCUGAAAGUGAGGUUUAAAAUAAAUACCAUCAAACCCA